AUGUUUUACAGCCACGAAAUCCUCACCAACACUCAGUAUGGAGUGGCCACAAUCUGGCUCGUCGCCACUGUAGGAAAGGGGACCCAGAAGAAGCUUUCAAGAAAGCUCAUCCAAGAAGUCAAUGUGCCAAGGGCAUGCGAAAAAAUACUUGACCCGGGAGCCCCUCUUGCCUUGCGACUGCAAGCAAGCCUGCUCUACGGCGUCUCGCGAGUUUUCUCCCAGCAAUGCAACUAUGUCCUAUCAGACGCCGAGAGAACCCAGACCGAAAUGGUUUCUUAUUUCAAGUCCAUGCAGCAAAGCGAGACUGAUCCGCAGGCCGGAAAGACAAAGCGACACAACAUCGUCCUCGAAGAUGAUCCCACCUUUGAUCCGUUGGCAGCUUUGCCUCAGCUCGACCUGCUGAAGUGGGAUGCCAGUCAAAUCCUACAAGCAAGCCACGGUUCGAGUAACCAAUACUCCCACCUCACGCCCCUUGCAAGCCAAAACAGCGGUUCUGUAGGGCGCAAGCAUUCUCGGUUCAGCAUCAACCUCCCUGAAUCUUCUCUCUCAGCUCGGAGCUAUCACAUCCCCUCCGACUUUGGCCAGCAAAGCCCGUCUGGGUUUAAGCCAUUCCACCGCGGUCUGUCAGCAGACGUCAACCCCUUUGACGAAGACGACGCCAUGGGCGGCGUGAUUGGCAUCGAAAUAGAUGCAGAUGGGAAUAUCAUUGAACUCUUGGACAAUGAGCCUGUCCUCCCGCCUCUUCUAAACCCAGAAGACAUCGAAAUGGGUGAGGCCUUUGGGCAGGAAAAUAUGAACAACCACCACCUUGCCAAGAAUUUAGAGGCGCUGGUGUUGGGAGAUGAGGAAAUCCUGCCUGACGCAGAAGCGUUCCCCAUCCAAGCUCAAGCAAAAAACUGGGAUCGCGUUCCAUCGUCAACACCUUCCCUUGAGCCAUCUUCUCCCAACAUGAUGGUUGCACACAGCCGCAAGAGGCGCCCUCGCAAAACGAACAUCAUGCUUGACCAGGAGGACCACGUUCGCCGUGGCGAAAUUCGAGAAUGGAAUGAUCACUAUCUAGACAACAUGGAAGCCGCACGCAAAGACCUGGCGAGAGCCACUCUAGGUCAGGCAAAGAGGAACGCCCGGGCAUACUUGUUCGACUGGGGCAUUGCAAAUGUCGGCGUAAGCUUCGCUCCCAACAUUCCACUUCCGCAUCCCCUUGCAGUGGACUUCGCCGGCCAUCAGUUCGCGGCCAACCUUCUAGGACCAGACUUUGUGGACCAGUUGGCUGUCAAAGUUGGGCGUGGGCGUCGCAAGAGAUCCGAGGCUUUCACACCAGAGGAAGAAGCGAAGAGCCAGGAUGAGCAUUUGACAAAGAGGGUCAACAAUGAAGAGGUAGAGGUCGCUCGCCACGACGAGCCUCCAAUCUUCGGCGAGGAGCCCAUCCCAGAAAUCGGGAUGGGUGCCGCUGGCCCCCUCUCAGAUCGGCACUCCUCUGCCAUCAUGCCCUGGUCCAGACAGGGCUCAGUCAUUCCGGGGUCAUCCGUGCGUGGAUCUGUCCAGAAGGCCGGCAACGGGAGCAUCCUUCAUUCGAUCGAGCGGUACAGCGAUGCAGGACCGAACGGAGAUGGCCACCAGGAGAAUGAAACCGGUGCGGAGAACGCACACAGCCAGAGCGGCGGGCUUGACGUCGCGAGCCAGAACUUCCUAGAAUACGCCACUGCGGAGGCGGACAAGGUCGCCGCCCCGAACAGCAAGGGACGCACCUGGAUCGAAUUCGAGCAGCUCGCAACUCCCGGGGUGCAUGACAAGCACACUGCCGCGCAGGCAUUCCUCCACGUCCUGUCUCUGGCGACGAAGAAUGAGAUUUCCGUUCGCCAGACCGGCAGCCGUGCCAUGGAGCCGUUUGGAGAAAUCCACGUCGGCCUGCCCUCCCGGAGCCGUGGUGCUGCAGCUGGUGAGCAUGCCGAGUGA